CUAUGGCAAUACAUUCAACCGGAGAUACAUCAAAAAAACAAUCUUUUAGGUUCUGUUGUCAGUAUUUCCGAAACAGCGUAUAUUACCUUAAUUUUAUUAGUGGGGUAAUAUUUUUAUGUGGUUGCGUGGCGUAACUACGAACGCGAGAGCGCGGCGCACACAUCGACGGUUCGCUGUUUGCUUGUAAACAAGAAAAGCGCUUCGUCAACAGCUACCGUGGGCUAAAUAGUAAACGCUAUGAACAUCAAAAACGUUUCUACCUUUCAACCCGUUCAUUUUCAAACGGGAAUAUACAGCGACAAUAGAAGAAAGCAAAAUGCCAAGAGCCAAAAGACAAAGGAACAGUCGGAAUCGGCAACUGAAACGGCAGAAGAAGUUAAAGAGAGAAACCAGCGCUACUUGGACGUUCUAAGGGAUUUGAAAAGGUUACGAGAUCAUUAUUACAACGUAUACCUUGGUAAACUUGAAGCAAAAGUUGAGAAACAGAGAAAAGAACUUGCUGCACAUGAGGAAAAAAUUAAGAAAAAACUCUUACUAGAACAAGAGCGAAAAGCAAAACUUGCUCACAAAUUAAUACAUCGAUUACCAAAGCACAAUUUAAGGAACGAUAGAGAAUUUCUUCAAAAAGUUCCCAAAUCAAGAUUUUAUCAUUUGUUAGCUGUUGAAGAUCUUAUGAAAAGCAGAGGAUUGCUAAAACACAAAUACGAAGUUGAGCAAUUUUGGCAAAGAGUAAAAUCUGACCAAGAUUUGUGGAAGAGGCCUGUACCAUCAUUCAUAUCUCCUGAUGCAUUUACUGAACAGAUGUUAUCCAGAUACAGCUCACUAACAUCACAUUCAUUUCAUGAGCAAAGCAGAACAGGAGACAAUUUACCCGGCAUACUUAAGAAGAUGGACACAAUUGCCUCUACUGAUGAAAGAGCUGAAACUCCGCCACUAGUAUUUCCAGAGCAACCUAAAUUCCCCAAACUUCAUUCAAUGAACGUUAACCUUACAAAGUCUCUGCCCAACUUUUUGGAACGAGAAAGUUUAAUGAAAGAAUCUGACCCUCCAGUUAACCAGAGACAUCGGCGUAAAGCAUUGCAACACCAUAUUAAAAAAGAUGCUUAUAAUAUAGCUGUGGUUAACACUGCAAUGACGGAGCGAUUUCUGAAAAAGAAUAAUUUGAACAAGUUGAACUACCAUCCACUCUCGGAGAUAACAGAACUAUGGUGUGGUGGAAGUGAAACAUCCUCCAAUGUUUCAUUCAAAUCAAAAACACAAAGAAAAAACAAAGGUACACAGAAAUUAAAGAAGGUUGCUGGUUUUGGUACUGAACAUCAGUCGUCAACUUUAAAAACAAUUGAAGAAAUUGAAACCUCCCGAAACAAUACCUAUAAUGAUGGUAAUUCUGGAUUUUUUGUUUUGUAUAAUAUACAUUAAGUAAUUGGAACUGUUCUGCUACUGUGGUUGCAAAGCCUAAUCUACAAAGCCUAAACAUUUUUUCUGCCAUCUUCCGGUAAUAAAACAUUGUUAGCAACUUAGUUUGCUGCCCCAUACCCUGAUGACAUUCGCCAAAUCGGAACGUGUGUGCAAUAAAGUUAAAGCCUUUUUAUUACAAAAGGAAUGUUCAAGCAUUCUCAUUAAACUGAGUUUCUCAUAAAUCUUUUGCAUUUUGUAAUUUAAUCCUGAUUGUUAAAUUUAUUUAUAGAACAUGCUCCAUAUUAAAGGUCUAGCUGUUUGUUCCAUCUAUCAAUACACGAAAAAAUACAAAUAUCUGCAUAACAUUUUAUUUUGUAUUUGCAGAAUUACCUGAAACACUUCCCCUGUCUAUGGACAUGGUUUUAUCAAGUGAAAAGUUUACAACAAAAGUAAGUUUUUUGCGAAAACUUUGUCAGUCAUAUAAUUAAUUGGUGCCUAUUGAUAAAUUAACAGGGGUAUUCAUCAUUUUUUAUAUUUAGGAAGGAAAACAACAAAAAUCAUAUUGGAAAAACUACACACAUGAUGAAUAAGCUGCUGUUGUUUGCACCUACACUUAAAAAGGCAUAUUUUUUUUAACCUUUAUAUACCUACUGUGAUCAUUUGUAUUGUUUUAAGAGUUACCUAGCUUUUUGGUUGGGGUUAAUCAUGUUACCUAGCAUUAAUAGGAGUGAAUUAUGUCGUACAAAUGUUAUUAUUUUCCCAAUUUAUGUUAUCGUUUGGCAUAAUUUUACACUGUGUACUGUAGUUAUCUUUUUUCUGUAGAUGUAAAUAUGCUGGUUAUAAAAUAGUCUGUAGUUUAUGCACAUAGAUCUUUUCCACAUUGUUUUUUUAAGUUGAUAAAAACAAAGCUAUCUAAAUGAACAAUAGUAGUUACCUAUGCAACAAUGCAAGUAAAUAAGAAUAAGAGAAACAAUUGC